CGAGUCUAAUAAGAUGUAUUAUAACUCAGGUAUCGCGAACAAAGGCGGUGGCAUGUGGAGUUUGUCACACGGCGAGAGAAAACUUUACUUCAUUUGUUUACAUUACGGAAGUGCACGGGACUCGAAUAAGAAUCAACAGAACGUUCUCAGCACAUUUUCCGGCGCAAAUGUCAGCGAAAGCGUAUCAGCAAAAGAUACUCAAAACAUUGGUUUCAUCAAGAUAAAGCAAAAUAAACAAAGAUACGAAUAUGAAAUUCUGUUGGAGUGCAAUCUCGUCUCAUCCAAGGGAAAAGUUAAUCAUAUUUCGAAGAUCAAAAGCGGGGGAGUAAUGUUUCUCUGCGGUACAUCCAAUAACAAGGAUCUCAGAGGUCUUUGUCACGUUACACCGUGCUCGUUAGUAAAGAAAACGAGCAUAGUACGUCCGUUCAAACGAAAACGGUUAAAACGUUCUCUAGAUUCUCGGCCUGAGCUAGUGUACACUUUUAUCGAACAAGCGGUACAACCAGGGGCGCAGGUGGCUCUGAAGUGUUCGGCGGUCGGGGAGCCGCCGCCACGGUUCCGAUGGACACUCGAUGGUCAGACGAUACCUUCUCAUCACGGGGCCGUAAUAACGGAAGGGCGCGAGAGUAGUCCCUCGGGCAUCGGGUCCAACAGUAACUACGUACUGUCUACCCUGUCACUGAGUAGCGCCAGGGUAGAGCAUGGCGGCAGGUACGAGUGUCGAGCCACUAACUCGCACGGAACUGUGUCUCAUGCGGCCAGGCUCAACGUCUAUGGUCCUCCGUACAUACGAGCGAUGAAUCCUGUGAAAGCGGUCGCCGGUUCCGAUGUCACAAUAUGGUGUCCGUAUUACGGUUUCCCUAUCGACUCGGUGAAAUGGGAAGGGGGCGCCGGAACCGAUCCCCGAUACCAGCAAUUAGACGAGCAGCUGACAAUUAUGAAUGUUGAUCGAAAUCGAGAUAAAGGAGCUUGGAUUUGUUCUGUACUUACUCCCGGCGGAGAGCUGGCUCGGAGAGAGGUACAAGUGUCCGUUGUAUCCCCGCCGGUCCUAUCGCCUAUAGUGUUCCCCCCUGGACUGAGGUCAGGCGACCGCUCGCAACUCACUUGCACCGUCACAUCUGGAGAUAUGCCUGUGUAUUUCUCAUGGCUCAAAGACCAAAUGCCUAUCUCCAGUUCGCUACAGGUAGAUGAACGCGGGGCAGAAUUCUUCAGUAUGUUACUGUUCAAGAGUUUAACGGCAGCGCAUAGUGGUAUAUAUACGUGUGUGGUUACCAAUACUGCGGGGAAGGCGAACGCGUCUGUUGAGUUGGCCAUUAAAGUUCCACCUUACUGGCAAAUAGAGCCGUCAGACACGUCGGUGUUACUGAACGGUUCGCUGACAGUGAGCUGCGAGGCUCGCGGAUAUCCACCGCCAACCAUUUAUUGGACCAAGUUCGCCGGCAGUACUGAAACCACGUUGGGGGGUGUAUCAGAUCCAGUGAUACUUGGUAAUGGUUCGCUGCGGCUGGAGUCGGCUCGCGCGGAACACUCGGGGAAGUAUAGAUGUCGCGCUGACAACGGAGUCGCUCCUGCACUCUCCAAGACUCUCAGCAUACACGUCAACGAGCCGGCGAGAUUUGAGACGCAAUCAGCGAACGUGACGGCGAAGUUAGGUGACACGGUGAGACUCGCGUGUGUCGCGAGAGGCGACAGUCCGCUCUCCACAGCCUGGAGCCAUUCGGGACGAGCGCUACCUAACUCAGAUUACAGAAUGAGCAUAUCAGAAACUAGAAGUUCUGAAGGUUUGCGAAGUGAGAUGGUCAUCGAACGUGCUGACCGCAGAGACUCUGGAGUGUACAGAUGUCAGGCUUCUAACCCUUACGGACGAUCUGAUCAUUUUGUACAUUUGGCUGUUCAAGAACCACCAGAGCCUCCUGCGAAUUUCCGCGUGUUAGAGACGACGUCUCGUUCAGUGAAGCUGCAGUGGCGGCGGCCGUACGACGGGAACUCGCCGGUGCUGGGGUACGUGGUGCAGUACCGCAGGCACGACUCCAGCGCCGCCGACUCCUGGAGGGACGCCGACACAUACAACGUCACUGUGUCCGCACACCCGCCGGACUCCUUUACAGAGACUGAAGGAGCAAUAAUAACGGGGCUGGAGCCCGCGACGGCAUACCUGGUGCGCGCGCGCACGGUGACGGCGCAGUUCGCGUCUGCGCACACGCGCGCGCUGCUCGCGCUCACACUGCACGAGCCGCCGUCUAGGUCGCCCGUCAGUCUGCGAGCCUCCGCGCCUAGAACUUCUACUAUUGUGUUGGCUUGGCAGGCGCCGCCGGCUUCCUCUUGGAACGGUGAAUUACUCGGGUACACAGUGUGGUGGUGGGCCUCCGCCGACGGAUCCCUCGCGGGAGGCGCCAACGUCGGCAUGGAGUUCGCCACAGUGCGGGGACAAAUCAAUAAAUACAUCAUCGAAGGCCUCGAACAUUACACCCGAUAUUCAGUAAGCGUCCGGGCUUUUAAUAGCGCCGGAGCGGGACCCGCGUCAGCCCCUGUUAAUACCCUGACACAAGAAAGCGUGCCGUCUGAAGGGCCCCGAGGCGUGAGAUGUCGCGCCGUGUCUCCUCAGAGUUUGAAGGUAGAAUGGUCGCCUCCACCUGCACAUGCUCACCACGGAGCCUUAUUAGGGUACAAACUACUCUACCGACCAGAACACACGGCGGAGUGGCUGGAAUGGGAGUUGCGAGGGACUGGUGGUCCAAGUGCAGGAGCGGGGGCGGAAGUCAAACGCGUAGCGGGCGUGGAAACGCUACUGCUCGCGUUGAGGCCACACACCAAUUACACGAUACAAGCAUUAGCUUACACUGCUGCUGGUGAUGGCGUGCCGGCACAUCCGAUACAUUGUACCACGCAACAAGAUGCUCCGGGCCCACCUGCAGCAGUCAAAGUUGUAGCUACGUCAGUAACAUCUUUGGCUGUAAGCUGGUUACCGCCGUCUCGACCAAACGGACCUUUGCUUUAUUACACUGUUUUCUACCGGGAACUUGGAAGAGAGCGACCACCACAAUCGGCGACGGUGCAAGCAGAGGAUGAUAUUUCUUCAGUAGGUCUCGGAGGAUCGACUGAAUUACGAUCGUUAUCAGAAGGUGCUACGUAUGAAGCUUGGGUCGCGGCACAUUCAGCCGCCGGAGAAGGAGAGCCUUCUGCACCUCAACCUGCCACUACUUCAUCCAGAGUGGGAGCCCGCCUGCUGUCGUUCGGCGUGUGGGCGCGCGUGCAGUGCGGGCGCGCGCUGCGGCUGGCGUGCGCGUGGCGCGGGGAGCCGGCGCCGCGCGCGCGCUGGCUGCGCGGCGAGCGCCCCGUCACGCACGACCCGCACGCCGCGCUCACGCCGCACGGACACCUCGCUAUACACGAAGUAGACGCAUCAACAAGCGGUAACUACACUUGCUCGGCGCGCAACACGUUUGGCUCUGAAGAGAUCACGUAUCGUGUCGAAUGUGCCACGCCGCCGUCCGCGCCCGCCCUUGUCUUGGACCACGCGGCCCAUAAGGAAGCAAAGCUGACGUGGAGGACCACGCAUCAUCCCGCGGCGCCUCCUCACGGUUUCACAAUAUGGUGGGUGCGGGUACGUGAUGACGCAGGCGAUGGUAUGGAAAUAGGCAACACGCGGGGCGAAGAAGAGAAAAGACUAGAAGCAGGUGGGGAGACUGCCAGUGUGGUACUCAAGGCUCUGUCGUGUGGGGCCACGUACUCGGUGAGGGCUGUGGCGCAUUCAAGAGCGGGGCCAUCGCCCCCCUCCGUCCCCUUGCUGGUCAGGACUAAGCCGCCAGUAUUAGUGUGGGAGGGCGGAGGAGAGGACAGCCAGUCGGAAGGCGCGGAAGCCGCGGUGUGGAGCAACAGCAGUGCGCUGGCCGUGGACGCGCGCCGCGCGGUGCGGUGCGGCGCGCGCCUCGUGCGCCUGCAGUGGCGCCGCGCGGACGACGCCGCCGCCGCGCCCUGGAGGGACGCCGACCUCACCUCGCUGCACCACCAUCGAGAGGUUGUGAUUGGUGGUCUCUCCGCCGGCGCGUGGUUCGCUCUCCGACUGUGGACUGCGACGGAAUCUUCUAGACAUCAAGCUGUUAUUUAUGCUGCUACUACUACACAUUCGGGGGAACGGCUCCGUCGGCCAGUGGCGUUUCAUACAGAAGGUGGUCCAGUAGUGACGACUAAUGGUAACGCGGACGCCGAAAGGGUCCUUGGGGCGGUGUCAUUAGCAUUUGCAGCGCUUGCAGCGUUGGCUGUCACGGCUUUAUUGUUGGUGUUGGUUGCUAAGCGAAGUACCCUGUGGCCGUGUAUAAGUCCGCCCGAGGAGGAAGCUCGCCGCUGCAGCCAUUCCGUCGCCAGCACCGACAAGUCCGUUUGUCCCGAACAACAAAACAUGCGCAACUGUCAACACGACUACAAACACGAUAAAUUGUCACCGGCUUCGGAUGUAUACGAGAUAAGUCCAUACGCGACAUUCGCUGUAGGCGGUGAGACAGCGGCUACACUAGACCAUACGCUGCAAUUCCGAACCUUCGGCCAUCGUGAUAACGACGCGCCGCCGCAUCGGCCCUGCAGGAAGCACCCGCAACGACAUCGGGAGAGGGCUGAAGUGGAGAAGCACCACUCGGAGUGCGAGCUGACGCAGCUCAGCCGGUACGAGAAGGUGCGCCCGCGGCACUGCGCCGGCACCUCCUACUGCGUGCCGCUCGCGCACCACGGUGGCGGCAGCGGGGGCGGUGGUGGGAGCGGUGGUGGGUUCUCCGAGGUGUACGCGGGAGACUCCAGCGCGGAGUCGGGGCCCGGGUCUCUGUCCCCGCGCACGCACCACGAGCACAGCUAGCGCCACACUUGAACACACCUGCAAUAGACACCACAUACGCACCACUAAAGGUUUAUCUUCCUCCAUUCUUUGUUAUUUAGUGACGAGUUUCAUUACGAUGCUAUUCUGCCAAUGUCACUUGGUCAGAUUCCAAUAAAAAUAAAUUUAGGGUAUAGACAAAACAUUAGAUAAAAUUAUUUUAAUUUCGGGUUUUAAUAUUCGAACUUAUUUGGUGAGGAAAUCCGGACUAGGACGCCAUUUUGGGGAUACGGGGAGUGGACUCCGUGUGCGGCUGAACUGCAAUCCUCUUUCCGUUAUAAACUUUUAAUUAAAGCGUUCGUGCGUCAGUCCGCACUCCGUAAUGUCAGAUUUCGGACGAAAUCCGCACCCGCACCUGAGGGUCUACAUCGAAAAACGAAAUCCGUAGUUUCGGAUGACGGAUCGCACAUUUUGUUACUACGUAGUCUUAAGGAUCCGAUCGGUUAUCGCAAUAUAUCAAACAUGGGAUUUGUAAGAACUUACCCAUCCUUCCUUAAAACCAUCUGCGAGGAUAAAAUCCACUGUUUUAUCCAAAAAAAAAAUAUUGGGGAAAUUGAUUCUACCACAAAGGUAUGCUACAGAACGGUGACGGAUCCGAAGUAGGUUAUUUGGUAGAAAAGUUAAAUCCGAAAUUCGUCGUUUCUUCGUUUCGGACCGAAGUUUCGACGUCCGUUUUUCGAAGUAGACCCUCUGUAUCUGCCGACAAAAUCAUUCAAGCUACGGCUCUUUACUAGCGUGCGCUCACAUUUAGCGCAAUGCAAUACAUAUGUGCGUAGUAAUUUACGAGUAUGUGGUUUCAAUUGGAGGUUAAAUAUGUGAAUCAUGAAUAACCGCGUCACUGUUUGUGCCAAAGUUACACUGCCAUUAUUACGUUGCAAAUUAUUGUUGCACUGUUAGAUACACGAUGUAGAUUAAAUUAUCUUUAUUGGCAUUCGGUAUCUAAAUGAUACAUAUAACUAUCUCGCAAGCCAGUUAUAGUCAUAGAAGUAACCCUUUUUGCACCUGCAGUAAUUUUCGAUUUUAUAGCUUAAAUGAAUUAACAUAGUUUCGCUCCAAGAGAGUAUGUGGCAUCUUACAUUGAACGCAUUAAACAAUUGACUACAUCCUGUAUUUAGCGGUUGUAACAAUAUUAAAUUUCUGCGGAUUUUUCGUAAAUGCUUUGUAAAGUUCUUUAUUGAUAAAUAUUAUUGUUGUAUUUGUAUUGAAUUAUUUUAUUGCUCGUUUACAAUCUGUUUUACAUUUAAACUAGCAAUAAUAGUUUUACACCAUUACAAUUUUUGUAUAAAUAGCAAUAAAUGUCCAAAUCUAAUUCAACUGCCAUUUUGUAUUUAGCACUUUAGAUUACUAACCAUAUCUUAUACAAUAACCAUUGGAAUUUGUUUCUGCUAUAUUCUCGUGUCUGGAACCGGAUAAUAAUUAUAAGAUAAUUCAUAUUUAACAUUUUUGACGUUUCAUGUCGUCCUGUGUGGUCGCUAGUAGGCAAAAACCUAAAUGUAAAGCAGCAAGUGAACACCACAGUUAAUGCAUUGUGUGGCGUUUAAAAAAUUCGGCCUAGAAAAACUAUUGAUUAAUAAACAAAAAACAUAAUAUGAACUGUAUCUAUUUAAAAUGAUAUCUAAAUAUUAUACCGAUCGAAGUAGCGUCAAAGUCUCUAGUGAACGUACAGGUUAUAAUAAGUAGGUGUUAUUGUAGUUAGUCAAGUUUUUCGGGAUUGUUGCCUACACUAGGGGAGAGGACUGGACGGAAAUUGCGCGAGAUACAACAACCGUGAGUAAAAGGGGUAGGGCUGGAUUAAAUCACUCAGUUUUAAUUGCUUAAGCGGCAGAAAUGCCUAACCUACCCUAAGAUGACAUAGAAUGUAUUAGAUGUGUAAAUAGAUAAUCUAGUCAGACUGAUAUCGAAUAUCUACGUUAAUUCGGAGCUUACAAUUUGUACAUACAUUUUGUAGAUAUCUUACGAACUCUAGUCAAUUUUUAUUGGAUGUUUUAUGACAAUAUAAUUGUAUUGUGUAAAUAACGAAUAGAUAAGGUAUCUAUGUGAAGAUCUGGUUAAUGUAAAAUAAAUCUAUUUAUCACAAA